GCCGCCGCGGCGCAGAGCCAUGCGAGCCUAAGCCCGACCCAGCAGCAAACCUGCCGCUCCCUUCCCGCGUCACGUGCUUCUCGACAGGGCGACUACGACGGCCUUCUUUAUGGUUGCCCUGGCAACCGCGGCCCGGCGGGGGUUACGUCAUCAGCGAAGGCCCGACUCGCGCGCACCUUCCUGUCGUCACGGACGCGGCACUUCCGGCGCGCCGCCAGGGAGGAAGGAGGAGGGCGGGCCCAGGCCGGACCAGGAGGAGGCCGCGGCGAGAUGGAGCCCGGCCGCGGCGGCGACGGCGGAAGAGGAGGAGGAGGAGGAAGCGGCAGCGGCGGCGGCGGCAAAGAGAAGGAAGGUGGCGGUUGAGAAGGGGCGGAGGGCGGGAGGGCGGCGGAGGCCAAGUCCCUUCUCCUCUCGGGAGCGUCCCUCCGCUGACAGCGUCGUUGUCUCCGCAGGUGAGGAGAGGGCGGCAGCCCCUCGGAGGCGCCAUGCGCGCGGCCCAGGAGCGCGGCCAGGAGUGCCUCCCCCCGAAGAAGCGAGACCUGCCCACGGCCUCCGCCCCCGUCGCAGAGCAGCCCAGCCGCCCCUCGGAGAAGGCCCCAGGGCCCCCCGCGUCCUCCGGCUCCUCCUUCUCUUGCUCCGCGGAGUGGGUUCAGGCGCCCUCCCCGUUCGUCCCGGAGGCGGUGGCCGGCCUGACCCUGGACCAGUACGGGCUGCUCUACAAAGUGGCCGUCCCUCCUCCGCCUCCGGCCGCGGGAGUGGUCAGCGUGGGGGCGCUCCCUCCGGCCUUCGGCGUGGCCUCGCAGCUGAUCCAGCACCCGGGGCUCCCUUACUCGCCCCUCCACUUCGCCCAGCUGCCCCCGGCCCCCCUGCACUUCGUGGGCUCCCCCUACUCCCUCCCCUUCGCCCUCCCUCCGGGCUUCGUGCCCGGACACCUCCUUCCCUCCUCCGCCGCCAUCCCCCACUUCGUCCCCUACGCCCCUCUCCUGGCUGAAGACUCCGGAUCCACAGCCCAGGCGGCGCACGCCUUCGGCAAGGAAAGCGCUCAGCAGCCUCUGGACGUCUCGCAGGGGAGGAUCCCCGUCUAUUACCAGGUCUCCCGCUUGCCCACCAGAUACCCGGCGUUCGAUGCUCCCAUUGCGGCCCUCGACCCGGAAUCCGCUCUGCUGGAGAAUCACCUCAACCCUAAGACAGCCACAGAGAAUGGCCUCCAGAGAACGGCCGCAGGAGCAAAGGAAGGCGAGGCGGAGGAGCGCUGGCCUCGGGCGGCUGUCCAGAGUGGCUCCAAUGGACCCAUCUUGCUGAGAGCAGAGGCCUCCUCAGGAGCCUCCCAGCGGAGCAGCCCAGACACAGACCUGGAGGUGCAGCGGGUGGUGGGAGUGCUGUCUUUUCAGGACUGCCUCAGCGGCUCUUCUCGGGAGAAAGACGGCUUGAGCCCUCUGAACCUCUCCCACCGCGGUCACAGCCCGGAGCCAAAGGGGCAGCCAGCCAGGAACCCUGGGGAAGCGGAGGCGGCUGAGAGGCCCCCGGAGCAGCUCCUCAAAGGGCCGGUGGUGGCCAAUGGCAAGCCGGUCCUGGGUUCCCUCCAGCCUGCGGCUCAGGACAGCCUGGAUGCCUCAAGGCUGGAGGCAGUGGCACAAGAGGCGACUGGUGCCUCCCGUCCCCAGAGCCACUUGCCCUCCCACUUCAUGAAAGGCGCCAUCAUCCAGCUGGCCACUGGAGAACUGAAGCGGGUGGAGGACCUGCAGACCCAGGACUUUGUGCGCAGUGCGGAGGUGAGUGGCGGUCUGAAGAUUGAUUCCAGCACAGUAGUGGACAUCCAGGAGAGCCCCUGGCAAGGUUUGGUGACGCUGCACUUUGUGGUGGGGGAGCAGCAGAGCAAAGUGAGCAUUGACGUCCCCCCUGAGCACCCUUUCUUUGUCUAUGGACAGGGCUGGUCCUCCUGCAGCCCUGAGAGGACCACCCGGCUCUUCUCCCUGCCCUGCCAUGUCCUGCAGGUGGGGGACGUCUGCAUCUCCAUUAGCCUCCAGAGCCUGAAUGGGCACCUGGCUCCUCUAGCCAGCCCCCCAGCUGACAGCCGAGAGAGGUCUGGGAGAAGCAGGCAGGGCAUCCAGGAGCCUCUGGCCCCAGUCCGGGAGAAAAGCUCCCCAGGGAAGGGUGGGGUAGCGCUGGGGUCCCCUCCAGAUGCCUCCUGGCUUAGCCCCAUUUCUGCACACGGCUGGGCAGGCCCCAGCUUCCAAAGACUUGAGGAUGAGUCCCCUGGGCCACCCCUUCUCCGCCCCUCCUUCAUCCCUCAGGAGGUCAAGCUGUCCAUUGAGGGCCGUUCCAACGCAGGGAAGUGACGCUUUGGCAUUGGGAGCAACCCUCCCAUUUCCUGCCGCUCUGGGCUGGGCGUCUAGUGGCCACUGCUCAGACCUUCCUGGCAGCCCAGAGGCCCCAGCCAGCCCUCCCUGCAGCCUCUGUGUGCCUAAAUGCAUUCCACUGACAGAAGGUGGUUUUGAGGGAGUGGGGCGGAGGGGGCACAGGGCAGAUUCAGGGGAGGGAACUGCUCCUUUUCUUGGUGGAGAGGGGCAGCUCAUCACAUAAGCACUUUACUAAGCCUCUGGUUUACCCAGGGCACUUGCGCCAGAUGGUGGGAGGACAGAGGAGACGAGGGCCAGGUCUCUGCUCAGGUGCCCCUUCUAGGCCCUGAGUCAAGGCAGCUGGAUGGCUCCUCAGGGAGGAAUGCCUAGGCAAAUUCCUCACCUGGGGCCAGUGGCAAGGAGGAGGGUUUAACAGCUCCCUUCUGCCAUGCUGCAAGCAUGUUGCCUCUGAGCCCUGCAGCUAGGUAAGAGUAAUACCCAAUAAGCAAGUUGAUUUGGGGGGCUGGGCAUGGGUAGGUGUGCAGGAGAUGAUUAUAUGUGCAUGUGCACGUCCACACUGUUUCCUUGCAGCUCUUUCAACCUGCGUGUCCCAAGUGCAGAGUGCUGCUGCAGCCCCGCAGCCCCUCCUGCUUUGAGAUGGGCUCAGGGGUUUGCUGCUGAACCUCCCGGUCACCAUGCCCUGGGCUUCCAUGCUUGGUCUGUUCUGAUCCAGACAUAGUCAAGGCCAGCAAUUCCUGGGGAAAGCACAGAGUUACUCCCGCCUCACUUGGCAGAGGAAGAGGGAAACCUCCUUUACCUGGCCACUGACCGUUGGGAGUGUGGUGGGCAGCCACCCUGCAGCUUGACCACUGGGCUGAAAGGGCCCAGUGCUGGCCAGGAAAUCCUGGGGUCCCAGCCACAGAGGCUCAGAUUUUCCUGCUGAGGGAGCUGGGUUUUCUUCUUUGCACAGAGAGGUGCAAAUGAAAUUUGGAUAAAGCAGCUGACUCCAUGCCAGCCCCACCCUCUCCUCAGUGUUGUUGCCCCUCAAGCCCCAAAAACAAGGCUCCAGACAAGCCCUUCUGUGCCCAUGUGCCACCCAGUCCUCUUCCAAAGCAGCCUCAGAGUCACUGGGAUGGCCCUUCUGGCCAUGGGCAAUGGCUUCCCUGGACAACCAACCAUCUCGGCGGCUGCAGGGUGGACUUUGCUGGGUUCUUCCUGAUUUCUUCCAAAGGUGCUGGCACUUUGCACUAUCCCUGGCUGCUUCCCUUCUGGCCCACUCUCCCGCCUUUCUCCGCUUUCGCCCAGGUUGCCCUUUGUGGGCCUCUGGGGCUAGAGCUGCCCUCCACCAGCAUCACUGCCACCCCUUUUCCUAUGUCCUCCAGCUGUGCAAUAGCAGAGAUGGAGCAAGGGCUUUAGGAAGUUUUGGAAGGCCUCCCCUCUCCCCACAGGUCUGAAAGGGUGAGGGGCUGGGCUGAGUGUGCCCCCCCACCGAUGCCCAUUUCUCUGAUUUGAUUCUCAUAUACAAGAGAAUUGUUUCUGUCUUGCUGGUUUGCAUCUGCUGCUCCUGCUGCUGUGCACGAUCUGGGGCAGAAGUGUUUUUGGCUACUGCCCUUUCUAGGGCUGCAGGAAAGUUGGGAGCCCAGCUUCUCAGAGCAAUAAGUCAUUUCUCUCAUGUGACACUAUGGCGGGUCAUCUUGCCUAGCACUGGCAGAGAGCAAAAGAGGCAGGGAGGGCAGCAGCGGCCUUCACAGCAGUUCCUCCCCCUCCAGCUGCCCAGCACCCACAAGAGCACAUGUGCCUUUCCCCUCAGCUGCCCCAGAGCGGUUCUUGGACCGGCCUCAGCCCGGCAGCUUUUUUUCAGAGGAGUCCGCAAUGGAAGGAAGCACCCAGAGGUGACGCUGAGGCCCGCCCAGCCUGAAGCCCCUCACACAGCACCUUAGUCCGGGUGGGCUGCUUGUCAGGGUGCGUUCGCAUGUGUGUGCAGUGAACCAGGAAUUGCAGCUGGCCACCCUCUGCUCUCGCCAGCUGCAUCUGAUGUCAAUCCUUAGGAGUAGCAGCGUUAGCAGUAGCCGCGUCCUGGCCCCAUUUCUCCUAUCUGACCUUUGAUGAAGCAUUACUAGUCUGAGGGGAUAAUCUAUUUUGUUGUGCUUCUUUUGUAUCUGUUUUAAAUAAAUCAAUUUGUACUGUAUAUUUGUACCUUGGGUCAGAUCCUUUUUCCUGUUUUACCAUUUAAAGUCUCUGUACACACACAGAUUGUAUUUUUAUUGUUAACACUUACAAAUACUGCAUUUAACUUGUUGACUAUGUAAACAGUAUAUAUGCAUAUAUCUAUAUAUCUAUAUAAUUAUAAGCCUAUAGCUUUUA